UUAUUAUUUAAAUAUUUAAAAAAUGUUUAUUCAGCGGCGCGGAUUUUAUCAUAAAACUAAAUAAUUAAAUAUUUUAUCUUGUGGUCGUAAUUAUAAUCACGACAUGGCAUCUCGCAGAUGGUUUCAUCCCAACAUAUCAGGAUUAGAGGCCGAACGUUUAUUGAUGGAACGAGGCUAUGACAGUUCAUUUCUUGCACGUCCAAGUUCUUCUAAUCCUGGUGAUUUUACUCUUUCAGUAAGAAGGAAUAGCGAAGUAACUCACAUUAAAAUUCAAAAUACUGGUGACUUUUACGAUUUGUAUGGUGGUGAAAAAUUUGCAACCCUGUCAGAACUCGUGCAGUAUUAUAUGGAAAAUGGGGGACAGUUGCGUGAAAAAAAUGGUGAAGUUAUUGAAUUAAAGUAUCCACUGAAUUGUGCUGAUCCUACGACAGAGAGGUGGUUUCACGGACACUUGUCAGCUAAAGAAGCUGAGAGGUUGAUGCUCGAACGGGGUAAAAAUGGAUCUUUUUUGGUGCGAGAGUCUCAAAGUAAACCGGGUGAUUUUGUAUUGUCUGUACGUACGGACGAUCGCGUUACACAUGUUAUGAUUCGUUAUCAGGAUAAUAAAUAUGAUGUUGGUGGUGGUGAAAAAUUUGAUAGUUUAAGCGACCUUAUUGAGCAUUAUAAACGCAAUCCAAUGGUUGAAACAAGUGGCAGUGUAGUACAUUUACGACAACCAUUUAAUGCAACUCGUAUUAAUGCCAGUGGCAUUGAAAGUCGAGUAAGACAAUUACACAAAGAAAAUGGUUCGUCAAAUGGUUGGACGAGCUGGAAUGGCGCACCAGGAAGUGAUGAAUCUGGAUCGGGACGUGGUAAAGGUAAAGCUGGUUUCUGGGAAGAAUUCGAAUCUCUUCAGCAACUUGAAUGCCGCCAUUUAUUCUCACGCAAGGAAGGAUUGAGGCCGGAGAAUCGUGCAAAAAAUCGUUAUAAAAAUAUUUUACCUUUCGAUCACACGAGAGUGAAACUUAAAGAUGUAGAUCCCAAUGUUCCUGGGGCAGAUUAUAUUAACGCUAAUUACAUUAAGAAUGAAGAAAGAGAGGGUUCGGGGACCGGUACUGUGGCCAGUAAUGACUCUUUAGCAUUUAAUAAAUGUUAUAUUGCAACUCAAGGUUGUCUUCCUAAUACAAUUCAAGACUUUUGGCAUAUGGUUUAUCAAGAGAAUACUCAAGUUAUUGUAAUGACCACUAAAGAAAUGGAACGGGGAAAGAACAAGUGUGCUAGAUACUGGCCGGAAGAAGGUGAAGCUGCUGAAUACGGUAAUGAAUGGAAAGUUCGUGCGCUCGCACGUACAUCAACAGCUGAUUAUACGCUGCGUGAAUUUCUUUUACAAGGAAACAAACCUAAUUUCUCAGAGCCUAGGAGAAUUUAUCAUUAUCAUUUUCAGGCAUGGCCUGAUCAUGGUGUACCUUCGGACCCAGGUUGUGUACUAAAUUUUCUUCAUGAUGUUAACGCACGACAAGAUUCAAUUGCAGCCUCGCUUAGCUCAAAUGGCCAAACACCAGCACAUGUUGGUCCUAUUCUCGUUCAUUGUAGCGCGGGAAUCGGACGAACUGGUACAUUUAUCGUCAUUGAUAUGAUUUUAGAUCAAAUUAAACAACACGGCUUGGACUGUGAAAUAGAUAUUCAGCGUACAAUUCAACGAGUUAGAUCUCAACGAUCUGGAAUGGUACAAACAGAAGCGCAGUAUAAAUUUGUUUAUCUCGCUGUACUGCAUUAUAUUGAGACUGCAACACAAAGGAGACAAGCAGAACAGAAAUCUCUUCAAUUUGGCCGUGAGUACACGAAUAUACGUUAUAAGAGUGAAACAAAUUCCUUAAGCACAAGUUUAAAUGAAAAUUCAGCGUUUGUUCAAACACCGACCUUAGCAACGACAAAUAAUUUCACACUUCCAUCUCCUGUCACCAGUCUAAGACCUAAGUAGUUGUUAGUUAAUAUAUUUGCAAUUUAUUUAUAUAAAUAUUAAUACACAAAAAAACAACAACAGGCUCUGAUGAUUAUGGUAAUGGUAAUAAUUGUACAUCCACGUUCAAAUUAUUUAGUUUUUUUUUCUCUAUAAUGCAAUCUUAAGCCUAGAAUUAUUAGUCAUUAGAUAAAUAUAGAUUGGAAUUUGUUCAAAACAAAAUAAUAAACAAAUAAAAUAUUUAUUUUUAUUUUUUUUUAUAAAAUAUAUUAAUGCAUCAAUUUACAACAAUUGAUUUGCAUUUAAUAAAAUAUAUUACUAUAUAAUAUUCGGGUUAUUUAAAAGUUUAUCAUUGUUAUUACAAUGUUGCAUAGCUUUCUACAUAUUGUAAAAUUUAUUUAAAAUAUUUGCAGAAGCCUGUUAUCAAUUAAAUGCGACACAAUAAUUAUUAAUAUUAAUAUAUAAUAGUAUGCACCAGAGUGCAAUUUUAAAAAAAUUAAUUUAGUGAUUCGAAUUUUAUUAAAAAGAAAAAAAAAUGCUA